AUGGUAACACCUGCUCGAAUAUUUUGUCAGAGUGAAUGUUUUCUUGAGAAACGAUGUAUUUCGUACAACUUGGGUCCAGUCCUUGGGCAGAACAGGUCGUGUGAACUCAAUGCCGCUGACCACUCGACUCGACCGGACUCACUGGUCAACAGAGCGGGCUAUGAAUAUUGUCCAAUUCAGAAUCCUUGUCAGUCCAACCCUUGUCCAGGUGAAAUUCUUUGCACUCCCGAUUUUUCCUGGAAUACAUACAAAUGCGACGGGUGUAAGAAUUCAUUGCCAUUGGGAAUGGAAGAUGGACGAAUUCCUGACGAAAACAUUACGGCUUCAUCGUUUUUUCGUAAAAAGAAUAUUUAUAGACCAAGUUUUGGAAGAUUGCGCACGAAUGGAAGGACAUGGUCUGCAGACACAGGAAACGCAGGUGAAUACAUCCAGAUUGACCUUGACGUCAUCAAGUUCAUCACCAUGGUAGCUACACAAGGAAGAGAUACUUCUCACAACCAAUGGGUGACCAAGUACUCAUUGUCCUACAGUCUGAACGCCAAAGAUUGGAAAGCUUACGAAGAAGACGGUGUCAAGAUUUUCAGUGGAAACAAAGACCGAAACACUGUGGUCACUAACAAGCUUGAAAGACCCAUCAAAAGCAGGCACAUACGACUGAUUGUCAAAGAGUUUCACAAUCACAUCUCACUAAGGAUGGAACUGUAUGGCUGUUAG